AUGUCAUCGUACGAAACAUUUUACGCGGCUCUACUCAAGUUUAGAAAUCAUUACGUUAAACAACACAAGCAGAGUUCUCUCGAAUUUACAGAAACCAGCACGGAAGAGGAGAUAGAACAGUUAGAUGAUGUCGAAUAUGACGAUUUGAGUAAGAGUAAUAUGCGCAGAGACAGAAUGGACGAUCGGACGAGAAUAGAGUUAAACGAGGUGCAGUCAAAGAUAAACGGAAAGGUAUAUUACACUUGCAAGGUUUGCGAAAAGAACUUGAGUUCUGCUCAUACGUAUUUAUUUCACAAGAAUAUUCACACCGGAGAACGGCCGUGCGUGUGUCACGUAUGCGGAAAGACUUUUCGUGCGCCGAGUGGCCUUCAGCGCCAUCUAAAGGAAACUCACGAGAGAGUCAAACGAUAUGUUUGCGCACUUUGUGCUAAAACGUUUGUUAACUCUCAGAAUUUACGGCAGCACAUGCGCAUACACACCGGGGAACGGCCGUAUGUGUGUGCCCAAUGCGGGAAAAGGUUCACGCAGAGCGGUUCGCUUCACGUGCAUUUAAAGACUCAUAGCGAUCUAUUUCCGUUUAACUGCACGGAAUGCGGUGCUCAGUUUCGUUUACGGUCUGGUCUGUCGAAGCACAAACUCAAACACACGGGUGAACGACCGCACGUGUGCGUCAAUUGUGGGAAAGGUUUUCGUCAAAAACACGAGCUGAACAGUCACUCGCUCACUCACAGUAAUGCUAAACCUUUCGCUUGCACGCUCUGUGGAGCGGCUUUCCGUCAGCGGAGAGCUCUUAGGCAUCAUUGCAAACGACUACAUGAAUCGAGAGAAACUGCUAACACUGCCAUUAAGAGUGAAGUCACGGCGGGGAAUUGUUUCUCCGUUGAACUUGAAAAACAUAGCGAAGAAAAAGGCUUUUUGCACGUAAAUUUUUUUGAAAACGGUAAAAGUUACGGAACGUGUAAGACUUGCAACAAAAAAAUAUCGGCAAGCUGUCUGAGACGGCAUGCUCGCUUGCACGACGAAGACAAAACGUACCGUUGCGAUGCGUGCGGGCUAGGAUUCAAAGAGAGCGCUUUUGCGAUGCCAAAUUUAAAAGAAAAUCCGAAUUGUACGCUCACGUUUCGGUGCACACUGGAGAAAAGGCUCACAUCUGCGAAUGCGGGAAAGCAUUUAGAUUGCGAAGUCAGCUCAAUCGCCACGCACACUCCCACGGCACUCGAACGACAGACGAUGGCUUUGAGAAAUAAUAAAGGGCUUUGUUCCAGGUCUGAGAGAGUGUCCGAAUACCUGGUGCGAAUCGUUCCUGCGCCGCUAUACACCGAAACCGGCUUUGUUAUCAGCUCGACAGAGGCGAUUAAUAAGAGAACCGAUACUUGCCAUUUUAACAAACAGGACACGUUUAAAUUACUUGCAGAUGUCAGUACUAUAUUUUCCGUGCCACAACCUGAGACAGCCAAAGUACAGUUUAUGAAAGAACAAUUCGUCCACAAUGAUACAGAUCACGCUAACUGGAUACACUAUUCCAAACAUAACACAUCAGACAAAAAACAACCAUUACAUUAUAAUACGUUUGUCCAAACGAGAAAUAAUAGCAUAGACGGAAGCAGCCAUAAUCGUGUAGUGCCUGAAUUUUCAUUACAAACCAUUGACAAUUCAGUUGAAGACACCAAUAAUAGUACGGAAACGAAAGAUAUACAAAAUAGUCCAAACUCCCCAAUCUCUACCGGCGCCGAAGCGGCGUAUGCAGCGUAUGAUGCGUUGUCAUCGAGUACAGACAAGGUAAUCGACCGCUUCGAACGAAAUGAAUUUUCGGAUCAUAGCGACACGGAGUCGUUCGCUCGCCUGUCCGAAUCUGUGUUCGAAGCGAUUGAGGAUACGCGAGACAGUAUUAUUGACAAACCGACCGAUGAGCUUAGAGUCAUAGAAAAAUCAAAAAAAUCAAAGCGGACGAGGACGUGUCCCAUUUGUGGAAAAAUAUAUACGGCUUCGUCGAGUUACUUUUACCACAUGAAACAUUUUCACCGGCAGAGUAAAGAGCACAGUUGUGAUGUUUGCGGAAAGAAAUUCGGGACCCGCGGAGACCUGGAGCAGCACGGCGCCGUUCAUACCGAGGAGUGUAAAUACGCGUGUCGAUCUUGCGAUAAGAAAUUUCGUUCGCGAGCGAGUUGGUACAUUCACGAACAAAUUCACGAGGGCAUCAAAAACUACAAAUGCUCCACUUGUGACAAAUGUUUCCGGUGGCGGACGCACUUACAGCGGCAUACGUUGCGUCACGCCGCCGAAAAGAAACAUGAAUGUGCCAUGUGCGGACGGGGCUUUUCGGUUCACUGUGACCUCUUACGCCACGCCCGGACGCACGCCGUCGGCAGCUUUGAGUGCGAGGAGUGCCGUGUGAAGUUCGCGCAAAUCAGGUACUUAAAAGCGCACAUGAGAAAGAAACACAGCGUGACUUCGACGAGCGAUAUCGGUUAA